GCUUGGGAAACCAUGUCCGCUUUGUCUACCGUACAUGAACUUCCUCUUCACUCCGCUGCAGAAGAAAAUGACCUUGUUAAGCUCGAGCAUCUCUUAAUUAAUGGAAAUUCCUAUGCGGUUAAUCUCCGGGACAAACAUAUGGCAGGACGCCUCUCCACUGUCUUUUGAAUGCCAACACCUUUUCUGAUUUGGACGAAGCAAAGAGAGGAAUUCAAAUUCUUUUGGAUGGCGGAGCGGAUGUUAACAUACAGAACAAACAUGAAGAGACACCGCUUCAUACAGUGGUUCAGAAUUACUUGGAAUUUAUUCCGGAAAUCAUUCGAUACUUAUUAACUCACAGCAAAACUUACGUGAUGGAAACACAGGAUGAAGAAGGAUUCUCAUUAUUUCACCUGUUCAUGUCUGAUUUCAAUGACCAUGUCAAAGAAAGCAAGGAAUAUCAAAAGCUUUUUCAGGAAAAGAAUGAUUUCAUUAAAAGUUUGCUUCGUGGAAAAAUUGUGAAAUGUAACUUUUCUGCACUAUUGAAUCAAAAAGAACGCAAAGGAUUAUCAGCAUUCCUUACAUUUCUGGCGAAUUCUGAAUGCCCCACCGACACGGUACAAUUAAUGAUCGACUGUGGAGCUGACGUAAACACUUCUACUGAAAUAGGAACCACUCCCCUUAUGGAGUCGGUUUUCAGACGGCGGAGGGAUAUCGUGGAAAUUUUGUUGAAAGCAGGAGCAAACCCAAACCAAACAGAUAUAUUCGGCCAAAGUUGUAUUUUCCGUGUCUAUACCAACGAUUGUUUUGAAUUGCUGAAUCAAUAUGGUACAAAUUUCUACAUCAAAGAUAAAUUCGGAAGGUCCCCAAUAACAAAUGUUGCACUUUACACGCCGGAAGAUUUACCUCAGUCAAACAUUGUCCUUUCACAGAACUUUUCGAAAUAUUCACCAUUGUUUGAAAAGUUUCUAGAAGUUGGAGUAAGUUGCAAUGAAGUUGAUAAGCAUGGUUCAUCCCUUCUUCAUUAUGGGGCAUGGUAUGGGGAUUCCACAAUGAUCAAAACGCUAAUACAACAUGGUGCAGAUUUAAAUAUGUUUGAUUUUAAUGGCUACUCGCCUUUGGAUUUAGCAAAGUAUGUUGGAAAUGAUACCAUUUACAGUUUACUUGGUGGACUAGACGAUGGAACUGACAAUGAAACUAAGUAUUGUAAAUUCCUCAUUAAUGCAACUGAAAAAGAUAAUAUGAAGACUGUGUUGAAUGAAUAUUUAGGAAUUAAGGAUGAUCCUGCUUAUCUUUUGAUGUCACUUGUGAAAUCACCAAGAUUGGGAAUGACUGAAAUAAGACCAGAACCAAGACAUAUCAAGUCAGAAGUCACAGGACUGAUGCACAGGAUAGCAGAUGUCGUCGGAAGAUUGGAUCCGCUUUUUGUCUGUACAGUCUAUCCAACAGGUAGUUCGUCUGAGGGUACAAAGGUUGCAGACCCAGACGAAUUUGAUUUUGUGUUUUAUUUGAAUAUCUUUUCAAACCAUUGUAUACCGAUUCAGGAUGUUAACUGUGUGAACAGCGGAUUUGCUAGUUUGAAAAUUAAGUCAAAUGAAGUUAAAGGGAAGUUCGAAUCCUUUCUUGAUGAUACGACUUUCUCGGCAGAUCUUAUUAGGGGUACCUUUCAAGAACUAGUCACCUGUGCUCUUAACAACCCAGACAUAUGGACCUCUGAUUAUUUAUGCUUUGAAGGUCUAGUUGACUAUCCUUCGGAUAAGCCAAUUCUGAAGUUAGAUAUCGAUUGGUACGGUCCCGUUAUGAAACAUAUAAUAGUCAGUGUUGAUAUUGUUCCUGCUGUUCAGAUAAAGGAUUGGAAGCCCGUGGAAAUAAGUGAUGAUCAGCCAAUGUGUUCUGUUGACGAAGAAUAUUUGCUUAUCCUUCACUCACCAGAACGCUGCCCUUGGAGCAGUAAAAAAAGUGACCAGCUAGUAAGGAUUUCAAGCUCUCUUAUGGAGAAACAGCUUCUAAGGAACCUUCCUUAUAUUUGCACCGAAAGUUAUGCAGCAGCCAAAAUUUUAAAAAGUUUCAAUUUUUGUCCAAAAAUUCAGUUUAAUGAGGAAAUUAUCAUUGGAUCGGAUGGUUCCGUCGAAGUUGUGUUUGAGGAGUCACGAUCAAGUGAGAAGUUAGAAAAUGAGCAGUGGGAUAAAGAGGAAGACAACGUGACAGAACGAAAAGAAGGCAAUGAAGAUAUGAGAUGCAAUCAGACAACCAGUCAGUUUUUGCCCUCUCGAGACUCCGAGGGCAAUUCAAAAUCUGAAGAUGUCACGAAUAAAGCACAAUCUUCUCAACACAGACCUGUUUUGCCCUGGGUGAUGGAUAUUGAUGAUACUUAUAACGUUAGAAAAAUAUUUACGCCAAAAGAGAGCGAGAAAAUGAAGAACAAGACAUAUACAGAUGAAAAAAUGGGGAUGACAUAUACAACAUCAAUUUGUGAUAAAGACGGACACAAAUUAAUCUAUUUUGAGCCCCUUCCAUGUGAAGAGAAUCCCAAUGAUUUGGGUGAAGGUAGUUCAAAAUUGGAUUGCAAAGAGGUGAAUAGACAGCGAAAGGACAGUCCAAAUUCAGAAAUAGACUCUGAACAGAGAUCUGAAUCAGAUUGUGCUGAUGGGAACAACAGAGCUGAGUUCAUCCACAGAAAUGAUAACGCUGAAGGCAAUACAAAAGAUAGCAAGAAAAGUAAAAAUCACAAUACCGAAGAGGACGUAGGUGGUGUGGAAGGUUCUGAUGACUCGGAAGAUGAUUCUUCGGUUGAUACUGAGUGGGAAGGUGGUGACGUCGUUUCUGCUUUCGAUGAAAUUUCCAGCUACAUGUUGAAAAUGUGUCUAUUUCAUGUUGUACAUCAAGAGAAAAACAAAAAUGGCGAUGUUCCCCCUUUCACUCUUUUGGAACUGACCAUAAAGAUUUACGAGAAGUUACUGACGUUCGCCAAGGAGGGUCGUUUACCUUCUUAUUUUCUUCCUUUCUUGGAUGUUUUCACGUAUGUUGAUACUCAUAUAAAAGUUAUUCCAGAAAAAGAUUUAGAAUCUGUGUCAAAGCAGAAAUGUGAACGAAUUCAAGCUUUCUGUAAGGUUAUUUUGGGAAUUUUGAAGCAAAAUCAGUCAGGCGAUGUUACCUCAUCUGAGAAAUUAUAA